AUGCGAGGUUCUGAGAUCAGCGGUGAGAGUCGCCUCGAGAGACCGUUUCUGAGCAUCAUUGUGCUGGAUGAUGAUGAUGAAGAUGAAGCUGCUGCUCAGCCAGGGCCCUCCCACCCACCCCCCAAUCCAGCCUCACCCCAGGCAGAAACCCCUGGCUCCUCUGAGCCCAGUGGGGCUGGAGGAAGCAGUAGUUCGAGCGGCAAGAAAUGCUUCAAGUUGGAGAAUGAGAAGCUGUUUGAAGAGUUCCUUGAACUGUGUAAGACGCAAACGGCAGACCACCCUGAGGUGGUCCCAUUCCUCUAUAACCGGCAGCAGCGUGCCCACGGUCUGUUUUUGGCCUCGGCGGAGUUCUGCAACAUCCUCUCUCGGGUCCUAUCUCGGGCCCGGAGCCGGCCAGCUAAGCUCUAUGUCUACAUCAACGAGCUCUUAACUGUUCUCAAGGCCCACUCAGCCAAGAAGAAGCUGAACUUGUCCCCUGCUGCCACCACCUCCAGUGAGCCCUCUGGAAAUAACCCUCCCACAGACCCCUCCUCAGACCCCACAAACACUGAGACCGCUGCCUCUGAGGCCCCAAGGACCCGUGGCUCCCGGAGACAGAUCCAGCGCUUGGAGCAGCUGCUGGCCCUCUAUGUGGCAGAGAUACGGAGGCUGCAGGAGAAGGAGCUGGAUCUCUCAGAACUGGACGACCCUGACUCCACAUACCUGCAGGAGGCACGCUUGAAGCGUAAGCUAAUUCGCCUCUUUGGGCGUUUGUGUGAGCUGAAAGACUGCUCUUCGCUGACUGGCCGUGUCAUAGAGCAGCGCAUUCCCUACCGCGGAACCCGUUACCCAGAGGUUAACAGGCGCAUUGAGCGGCUUAUCAACAAGCCAGGGCCUGAUACUUUCCCUGACUAUGGAGAUGUGUUGCGGGCUGUAGAAAAGGCAGCUGCUCGCCACAGCCUCGGCCUCCCCCGACAGCAGCUCCAGCUUAUGGCUCAGGAUGCCUUCCGAGAUGUGGGCAUCAGGCUACAGGAGCGACGCCACCUCGAUCUCAUCUACAACUUUGGCUGCCACCUCACAGAUGACUAUAGGCCAGGCAUUGACCCUGCACUGUCAGAUCCCACCCUGGCCCGGCGCCUGCGUGAAAAUCGGAGCUUGGCCAUGAGCCGGCUGGAUGAGGUCAUCUCCAAAUAUGCAAUGAUGCAAGAUAAGAGUGAGGAGGGCGAGAGGCAGAAGAGAAGAGCCCGACUCCCCCAAGGCACCUCUUCCCACUCUGCAGAACUCCCCAGAGCCUCCCCAGAUUCUGGUGAGGGCCCUAGUGGAUUGGCAUCCCAGGAGUGCCCUACCACCUCCAAGGCUGAGACAGAUGAGGAAGAAGAUGAGGAAAGUGAUGAUGAGGAGGAAGAGGAAGAAGAGGAGGAGGAGGCCACAGAUUCUGAGGAGGAGGAGGAGGAGGAUCUGGAACAGAUGCAGGAGUGUCAGGGGGACAAUGAAGAGGAAGAGGCAGAGGAGGAUGAAGUAGGCAAGGAUGGAGACAAGAGUUCCAUUUCCCCACCACAGCUCUCCCCUGAACAGAACCUGGAACCUGGCAAAGGGACAAGCAGGUCUUCAAGGGAGCAGCAAAACAAAAGACUCACAGUGUCCCCAUCAUCACUGUCAGAGGGGCCCCUGGCCCUUUCCAGCACAGAUGCUGAAAGCAAUGGAGAACAGCUCGAGGAGUUGCCCCUGGAGGAAGAAAGUCCUAUGUCUCAGCUCUUUGAGCUAGAGAUUGAAGCCUUGCCUGUGGAGACCACCCCUUCCCCUGAGGAGAGGGACAUUUCCUUUUCCAGGAAGCAAACAGAGGACUCUCUUCCCACUGUUCUGGAGAAUGGAGCAGCCAUGGUCACCUCUACUUCCUUCAAUGGAGGUGUAUCUCCUCACACCUGGGGAGAUUCCUGCCCUCCCUGCAAGAAAUCUCGGAAAGAGAAGGACACAGGGUCAGGGCCAUUAGGAGACAGCUACGUGGAAAAGGAAAAGGCAGUGCAUGAGAAGAAUGGGAAGAGGAUUUGUACCCUUCCCAGCCCACCCUCGCCCUUGGCAUCCAUGACCCCAGUUGUUGAUUCCUCCACAAGAGUGGACUCUCCCAGCCAUGGCCUGGUGACCAGCUCCCUCUGCAGCCCUUCUCCAGUCAGGCCAUCCCAAACCCCCCAGUCCCAAUUCCCCCGGCCUGGUACUUACAAGAUGAGUGUGGCCACACAGUGUGAUCCAGAGGAGAUCAUCGUACUCUCGGACUCUGAUUAA